GGAGCCUCUUACAGAAACAUGGACUUUCACUCACUCAUGCGUUCUUUAAUUCUCUUUGUGUUACUCCUCUGUAUCUCAGAUUCUGAGAGCAUGAAGACACUGAAGAAUUUAGCUGUAAAACGUGGAGGAUCUCUCAGUAUUCCAUGUUUUUAUGAUGAGAAAUACAAAUCAAACAUUAAAUACUGGUGUAAGGGGGAGUACUGGUCCUCCUGUGAAAUAGUAGCCUAUACAGACACAAGUGGAAGAACAUCAGUCACUGAUCAUCCAACCCAGAAUAUGUUCACUGUGGAACUGAAGAGCCUCCAAGACUCUGACUCUGGAUAUUAUUGGUGUGCUGUGGAAAUUGGUGGGACAGAGACCCCUGAUGACAGGGAUUAUUUAUACCUGACAGUCAGUGCAGAUCCUGCUGUGUCAGUGAUAAACAGCAGAGUUAGUGGUCAGGAAGGGGGCAGUGUCAGUGUCCAGUGUCUCUACAGUGCUGAACAUCAAAAGCAAUGGAAGAAGUGGUGCAGAUUUACAGACUGGAGCUGCUACAAAGUGGGGAGGACUGACACAUCUCAGAAUUCAGCAGUGCUGGUCAAUGAUGAUUGGAGAGGAUCCAUUAAUGUGGAGAUGAGGGGUCUGCAGAAGAGUGAUGCUGGCUGGUACUGGUUCAAAGCAGGAGAUGUGGGGGUUACUGUUCACCUCACUGUCACUGAAAAACCUUCAAGUUCUACACCUGUGAGCAGAAAUAAAGAGACAACAACAGCAGAGCUAACAACUAACCCUCCUGCAGUAACAGCUUCUGAGAAUGAACAUGGCACAAGCAAGAGUGGGAAGAUGCAAGAUAAUAGAAGAUCUGACCCUCCUGCAGUAACAGCUUUUGAGAAGGGACAUGACACAAACAACAGUGAGAAGAACCAAGAUAACAAUGGAAGUACCGUGCUUAUCUGGGUUCUACUGGCUGUAGGCCUGGGGCUGCUGCUGUUUCUGACCAUCAUUAUAACCUGCAUGCUGAGAAAAAAGUGCAAUGGAAAUCAAACAGAGACCAGAGGGAGGGUCAAUAACACUUCAGUUGACACAACACCUAUGACUGAAAGCUCAGUGAUACACAGCACUGUGAUUCAUAAAAAUAAAAAGCUCUCCCAGUCAGUCGGAGAUGAUGAGGUGAUCUACAGCUCUGUAGUUUUGAAGUAAGAGGUGAGAGAGUCUCAGAGUGAAGGUCAAAAUACAUCUGCUGUGACGGCCCAUAAUCGACUGUUAUUCAAAUGAAUGAAAAAUCAGUUGUACCCCAAAUGUUGCCGAUUGGUCAAGCUAUGUUUGAUGUUCCAAAAUCUAUUUGGGUGACAUAGACAAAUUUAUUUAUAUAAACACAUUUCAUACACAAAGGCAAUUCAAUAUGCUUUACAUGAAUAAAAGCGAUAGAAUAUAGUUUCAUAAGAAAAAAUGAAGGCAAAGAGCUUAAGAGUGAAAAUGUGUAAAAAUUUAAAAAGAAACUAGCAAACAGGCUUAUUACUGCUAACAAACACAAAAAGUCAAUAGUCACACAAAUCUUUUCAUAAAUCCACAUGCCUAAAAUGUCUCUCCACCCACUUCAAACCACAUCUAGGUCUUCAUUAAAGUUGUGAGGACUUGUUGAUGUGGUUUAGGACACAGAAUGACUUACUGCGAAUUACAGAAAUGCAAAAACCUCCUUGUGUAGCUGAAUGCUGUAGGCGUCCACUUUACAGGUGUUGUGCUGAAUUCUGAAUACCCUACAAAAUCUGACUCCUCUUUGCAUUCAUGCACACCACACACUACAUUAGUGAUUCUGUUUACAUUUUUAAACAUCAUCUUCAGGUCAAACACUCAAGAUUGACACUCAUUUAUAAAAAUUGACCAUUGAUUUCUAGUGUUUGUUAGCAAUGUUAGCCUUGUAGAUCCAGUGCUAAAGUAAAGAAGCAGAAUUUGGGCACCAGUCAUGUCUUGGCUCAUUUACUACAUCUGAGGUCAGUGGAAUAUUUGCUGUCAUAAGUGUUGAGAUAUUUGUUGUGACAUUACAAGUUUGGAGUAUAUAUAUGAUUAGCAACUUCCUCAGUAGCCUA